AUGGCAAGCUCAGGUAUCACCGGUACUGGUGCACGAGCUAGUAGCAUGGCGGGUAUGUGGAUUAGGGACGAGGCUGACUGGUCGGGCAUAUCAGACCCGAAAGCGAGGAGGAAGAUUCAAAACCGGCAUAAUCAGCGAGUACUCAGAUUGAGAAGACGGAAAGGCAUCGAGUGUCGUAAAACCGUUGCUCCCAAUGGCGCGCAGCUGGUGGCCUCUUCGUUGUCCUCAGCACAGCAGGGUCAUAUGGACCUUGACAUGAAAAUCAUCGCAGACGCUAUCAGAAGUGUGAACAUCCUGGCCAUUGAUUCUGAACAUAACCGAAUGGUCAUGCGAGAUUUCGAGGCUUUCGCGCGCCGAUGCUAUGCGGCAAGCGCGCCAGCAAUCACAUUCCGACCAAGUUUAUCGCAGUUCAAUUUCAUCCGAGCGUUGUGGGCAAAUGUCGAAGUCUUGGGGCUUUCGUCAAGGCAAAUGAGUGACGAUGACGCACUAUCGCCCUUCAAUUCCUUGGAGUUCAAGCAAGCCGAUGAGCCCGCAUCACUUGAAUCACGACUUCCAGCUGGAUUACGACCGACCAAUCUCCAACACUCUACAUUGCAUCAUCCCUGGAUCGAUUUGCUCCCGAUUCCUGAGAUGCGCGAUAACCUAUUUCGACGAGGUCUCGAUUCUUUCGACGAGGAGAAACUUUGUCAUGAUAUGCGUGGACAAGUUCAUCAGGACCCCGGUGUUCUUGUUUGGCGCGACCCUUGGGAUCCCACCGGCUGGGAAAUAACAGAGCCCUUUGUCCGUUCUUGGGGCUGGACCAUCGUAGGCUGUUGGGACCUUUUCCGUUCCACCAAUCGGUGGCGCGCACUGCGAGGCGAGAAACCACUUUUUCGAGUUCCCUCGGUGAGGAAAUAA